AUGCAUAAUUCUUCUUCAGAUACCUUAGUUCACCAUUCACAUGCUAGCAUGCAAUUACACAAAUCAUUAUUUAAGAAGAAAUCGCUGCGAGGUAAAAAACCACAAUUACAACAUAUUGAUGGGGUUCAUAAAUAUGAUUCACCUACAGAUCAUAUGUUAUCCCCAUGUUCGAAAAAUCUUGAGAAAUUCAAGUCGAAUAUUUUCAAGAUUCGUCACUCAAAACCGAUAAAGCUAAGCUUCAAUGAUUCAGUAGAACACAAUUAA